CAAACUAACCAAAAAGAUUGACAAUGGAGGCGACCACGCUGAUGAGCAUUGACAAGUCCCGGAAUAGCCAAGCCAAAGCACGAGGUCCCUCCCUCCGAAGUCCAAACCAGGCCCAUCCUUGGAAAGCAUGAGGCCUCAGGUACUGCUCGUCGCAUUCGUUGUCCUCGCAGAGCUGUUCCUCUCCCACAGCCAAGUGGCGAACCCAUGGCCGUCCUGCGACAACUGCGACUCGUGCACCAAGUCCAAUCCACCUGGGUGCAAACGUUGGAAUUACUUAAGGUCUGGUUUUUUUUAUCAUCGACCAAGUGCAAGAGCUGUGUCAUGUCCACCAUCGGGCCACAACAGCUUCCAGUGCACGACCGCAUCAGCGACUUCUGCGAGAGCUGCUGCACGCCGGCCGCUCAGAGCUUUAGCUCCCUUUGCAUCUGGAUUGAUGCGGAGAAGAAAUGAGCGUUACAAUAAGCGCACAAGAGCAUAGUCUAUGCUCAAAAUCUUCUCAGUUGAACCUGUUGUGUAGUUUGUUAAAAAAAGCCAAUCCCUAUGUAAGUUUGGUGUUAAAAGUUUCUGUAUCGUGUUCACGCA